ACACCAUGGCCUCCACCCUCUCCGUGCGCAGCUACUCCACGCGUCAGCCCUCCUUCUCCAGCGUCUCCGUGAGGGACAGCGGACGCAGCUUCCGCUCCAAGUCCCAGGUCUCCUCUCUGUCCGCCAUGGGCCUGCUGCCCCUGCCCCGGUCCCUGUCCGUGGGCAACGGCCUCAACGCGCUGGGCUCCGGCCUCUCCCUCAACGGCAUGGGCGCCAGCGACAAGGAGACCAUGCAGGGCCUGAACGACCGGCUGGCCAACUACCUGGACAAGGUGCGCUCCCUGGAGAGGUCCAACGCCGAGCUGGAGGGCAAGAUCAAGCAGCUCAUGCUGGAGAAAAGUCCCAAAGGGCACGACAUCGAGGGCAUGAUGGCGCAGGCGCACGCCAUCGGGCAGGAGGUGAGGAAGAGGACGCUGGAGAACGCGCGGAUCAUGCUGGAGAUUGAUAACGCCCGGCUGGCGGCCGACGAUUUCAGGGUCAAAUGGGAAGCAGAGGCCACUUUGUGCCAGUCGGUGGAGAGGGACUGCCAGGCUCUGAGGAGAGCCAAGUCGGACCACGACCAGAUCAUUGCUACUCUGAGGGGAGAUCUGGACAGCCUGAAGGAGGAGCUGUACUUUCUCAAGAAGAAUCACGAGGAGGAAAUGAGCUCGAUGAGGGCCCGUCUGGCCAGCGAGCAGGUGAACGUGGAGGUGGACGCAGCUCAGGGGCCUGACCUGGGGGCCGUCAUGGCGGAGCUGAGGGUCCAGUAUGAGGGCAUCGCUCGGAAGAACAAGGAGGAGGCUGAGGCCUGGUACCUCAAGAAGUUGGAGGCAGUGCAGUCGGAGGUGAAAGAGAGCAACGAGGCGCUGCGUUGUGCCCAGAGUGAACUUGGUGAGAGGCGACGCUUCCUGCAGUCGCUGGAGGUCGAGCUCGACAGCCUUCGCAAACAGGUCAGUGUGCUGGAGGGAAACCUGGGAGAAACGGGUCACAAGUACUCGGUGGAGAUGGACCGCCUCCAAGCCAGCCUGACGCAGCUGGAGGACGAGUUGUCCCAGCUGCGUUUGGACAUGCAACGUAACAAGACGGACUACGAGCAGCUGCUGCGUAUCAAGCAGAACCUGGAGAUGGAGAUCGCCACCUACAGGAGGCUGCUGGAGGGGGAGGAAGCGGUGAAGGACACGCCUCCACCUCCCAAAAAAGACCCAGAGGUGAGGACCAGGAAGAUCGUGAAGGUGGUCACCCAGACUAUGGUCAACGGCAAGGUGGUGGAUGAGUCCAGCGAGGUGGAGCAGAUCGAGGAGCGCAAGAAAUGAGCCACAGUCUUCUGUGACGAGGCGUUAAUGUCUCCUAUAUCCAGAGUUCCUGCAGAAUUUGCAUCUGCUUCUUGUCUUACUUAUUUUCUCCUCUUGUUCAAAAUGCCUGAAACUUUUCAAAUGACACUGAAAUUGAACUUUAGAUGAAAUAUUCCUGCAGCCAAUGUUCACACAUUUACUGUUUUACUGUACUUUAUGAUAUUUUAAUAUUUCACCGAUCUCCCGGUCGGUCUUAUCCGGCUUCAGUGCGGUAUUCUGUGCACUUGUGUUUCCUCAAACGCUGUCAAACAUCACAGUGCCAUAAAUGAUGCCGACAUUGCUGCUUCCUUGUAAGUAAAAAUAAAAAUAUUGUCUGCCACCGUAGGAAUUUAUGUGUCACGUCUUCCAGAAAUCAACGCUAAAAUAUCAGACUGAUUAUAACAUAUUAUAUAUUAUUAAAAAAAAUACAUAAAUAACUUUUAAGGUCUCUUUAAUCUUCACUGUCUAAACUGAUGUAAUGAUCUGAGAUGUGCUUUUGUUGUAAUUGGUCAAUAGUGGAUUUGGUUUGAUACUUUCUCUGUAAAAUCAGAAUAUUGUUUUGUAGUUUUAUUGGAGAAAUAAAUGCAGCUCUGCAGUG